AUGAGUUUGGAAAAACAAUACAUCAGUUAUAACAAUGUCCACCAGCUAUGCCAGGAGGCAGCCGUGAAAAUCAAGAACUUCAAGCCAGACUUGAUCAUUGCUAUCGGUGGUGGUGGCUUCAUUCCUGCAAGAAUCCUGCGUACUUUCUUGAAGGAAGAGAACGUUCCAACAGUGAGAAUUUUUGCUAUCAUUUUGUCGCUGUAUGAAGACUUGGCUUCUGAAAGCUCGAUGGAAGAGAAGCCCGGUGUGACCGUCAACAGAACUCAGUGGAUCGACUACGAACAGUGCAAGCUAGACCUCGUGGGCAAGAAUGUCUUGAUCGUAGAUGAAGUGGAUGAUACUCGUACCACUCUACACUACGCGUUGAACGAGUUAGAGAAGGAUGCUGCUGAACAAGCCAAGGCUAAGGGUAUUGACUUGGAGCAGCAACCUGAAAUGAAGACGAACUUUGGUAUCUUUGUGCUGCACGACAAAGUGAAGGCCAAGAAAGCUGAUUUGCCAGCCGAUCUUCUCAACGACGAAAACCGUUAUUUUGCUGCGAGAAAGGUUCCAGACACCUGGUACGCAUACCCUUGGGAGUCCAAGGACAUUGUGUACCAUACCAAGAUGGCCAUAGAGCAAGGAAACGACGUUUUCUUGCCUUAA